CAAAUUGCAAGUCACACAUCAGAGAAGGAGAACAAAUAAAGAAACAAAAGACACACAAAACACAAAAAGAAAAGAAAAAAAAUGGCAAAAGCUAUUGUUCUCCUCUCUGCCCUUUGCCUUUUGGCAAUUGCCAAUUUCGCCGUCGCCGACUUUGAAAUAUUUGAUGUCGAAGGCAAAGUCUUUUGUGACACUUGCCGUCUUGGUUUCGUCACCUCCCUUAGUGAUACCAUUGAAGGUGCCACGGUGAGCUUGACAUGCAGAGACAUUGAGACCAACAACGUAACCUUCACAACCGAAGGUAAAACCGACUACAUUGGCAAAUACACAUUAACAGUUGAAGGUGAUCAUGAGAAUGACAUUUGUGAGGUCAAAUUGGUAAAUAGCCCAAAAGAAGAUUGCAAGCAAAUUGUUCCAGAAUUGAUUAACAACAGAAUUGUAUGCAGUAAAAAUGUUGGAAUGCACAAUGCUGUUCGUUUUGUUAACCCACUCUUUUUCCAAAAAGACAAACCUAUCCAGGGAUGCAGAGAACUUGUUGACCAGAUGGAGCUUGUUGAACUCUCAAUUCUUGAAAAUGAAAAGGAAAAAAAUUAAGAGAAUAUAUAGCUUUUGCCCCUCGUUUCACAAUAAGAACGAAAAAAAAAAGAAGAAAGAAUAAAGUGUAGUGAUUUCUCUUGAAUGUGUUACUCCCUUGGAAAAAAAAAAAUCCAUGAAUAUCCUAUGAGAAGAUCAUUGAUAGCUUCUUAGAAAGUUUUGUUUUC